AUGGCGUUGAAAACGAUUAUUUUUGUACGCCACGGCCAAUCUGAAUACAACAAGGCCAUGCGAGAGACUGGAGAAGAUCCCUUUAUCCGCGAUGCCCCAUUGACAUCCAAGGGCUUGGCGCAAGCACGAGAAGCCCAAGCAGAGCUGGCAGAGCUACAGGAAGCCUGCGGAGCAGAUGGUUGGCUUCUGCUGAGUUCCCCUCUGCGGCGCGCUCUUGACACUGCUGCAGGUCUUUGGCCCAAGGCCUUCUUUGGCUCCGAAGGCCGUCUUGAAGUUUGGCCAGAGCUGCGUGAAGUUGUGACCGGAUGUGAUGACUUGGGUUCAACGCCCCAGCAGUUGCUGGAGACGUACCCGCAUCUCUCAGAGCAACUGCAGUCUUUGCCCGAGAUUUGGUGGACCGUGCCGCACGUGUACAAAGAUCUCCCAGGUGAUGGCGACGACAUGCGACUGGCCUACAAGAGAGACCCCGACGCCUUCGAGGAUGCCGAUGAAGCGAUCUUUGAGCAGCGCUUGGAGGUGCUCCUGCGAAAACUGUCCGCCGUGUCCGAACAGAAGCUGGUCGUGGUGGCCCACUGUGAUUUGAUCGGCCAUCUCACCGAGAAAAUGGGCCUCAAGGAGCGGAAAGGCUGUGGUUUCCGCAAGGGCUGGUGGCUACGCAAUUGCGAGUGCCGCUUGCUCCAGGACUUUGACUUUGCAAACUAUGAGAUGGGCUGCGUGAGUGAAGAACCCAGCGAGGAAGCAUUUGCGACUGCUUGUGAUUGUCCUGCUGGCUAG